AUGUUCUCUAUCAAGACCGCAAUUAUUCUGUUCGCUUUGAUUGGAUCGAUCUACUCCGCCAACACACCGACACCCCACUACCAAAGUCAAUGCUGCCCAAGCAAUGGUGCGGCUUGUUACUCUCAGCCCAGUUAUUGCUCUAACUCAAUAUCCUGCCGAAAAAAUCUGGCAAGUUAUUAUUGCAACGAAGCUGGUGGAUACUGUCAUCGGCACUCUGGAACUCAAAAUGUCGCUGUUGAUCGUUGGUAUCAAUGCGGUUAUAAAAGAUGUUACGGAGAAUUUAAAUGUGUUACUCUCGUAUUUUCUAGUUCAAACACUCAGUCUCUGAAUGAGAUGGAAACUCAAACGCCUCUUAGCAUUCCUUCGAGUAUUGAGAAGGGUCGAUGA